GGACCUUUGGAUUGGAUCUCGGUUUCUAACCUUCACCAAACAAAUGUUUAGGCAUCAUCCCACCAAUGAACCCAAAAAUUCGCAUCCCAACCAUUACAAAGAUCUUAUUGCUGAUCCAUUUCACUCACAAUGGAAUGUCUCUUACCUAGGAUCAUGGGCAAUUAGGCAGAUGGUUCAACCUUGUGCUGGUAUCUGGAGUGACAAAUGCACUUCAAAAUUUGGAAGAAGACGUCCUUUUAUCCUUGCAGGGGCUCUUAUGAUCUCAGCUUCUGUCAUAAUGAUCGGGUUUUCUGCAGACAUAGGAUACAUAUUGGGUGAUACGAAGGAGCAUUGCAGUACAUUUAAAGGUGCACGGACAAGGGCAGCUAUUAUUUUUGUUAUUGGGUUCUGGAUGUUGGAUCUUGCUAACAAUACAUUGGGGGGACCGGCUCGUGCCCUUUUGGCUGAUCUAUCCAGUCCUGAGCAACGAAAUUCUGCAAAUGCUGUAUAUUGUUCAUGGUUGGCUGUAGGAAACAUCCUAGGAUUUGCUGCUGGUGCUAGUGGGAACUGGCACAGAUGGUUUCCUUUUCUGAAAAAUAGAGCUUGCUGUGAAGCCUGUGCCAAUCUCAAAGCAGCUUUUCUUCUUGCUGUUGUCUUCCUGACAUUGUGUACUCUUGUGACUAUAUAUUUUGCUAAGGAGAUUCCACUAUCUGCCUGUGAGCAGCCAAAUCAUUUAUCAGACUCAGCUCCUUUGUUGGAUGAUCUGACACAAACUGGUCUUGAACUUUCAAAGUUAGAACAUGAUGUGCCAGUUGUUGCCAGUGCAAACAUGAACAGUUCUGAGAAUGGCUAUGAACAAGAUAAAACCCCAAAGCAUCUCUACUCAAAAGCUGUGAAUGAUCAAAAUGAAAAUUUCAGUGAUAGGCCUGGAGCAGUACUGGUCAAUUUAUUGACCAGUUUAAGGCAGUUGUCACCAGCAAUGCACUCAGUACUUAUUGUUUCAGCUCUUAGUUGGUUCUCCUGGUUCCCCUUCUUCCUAUUUGAUACGGAUUGGAUGGGAAGGGAAGUAUACCAUGGAGAUCCCAAAGGGGAUUUUUCUGAAAUGAAGUUGUAUGAUCAAGGUGUCAGACAAGGUGCUUUUGGUUUGUUAUUGAAUUCAGUUGUUCUGGGCAUUGGUUCUUUCUUUAUUGAGCCAAUGUGUCAAUGGAUGGGAGCAAGACUUGUUUGGGCAAUGAGUAAUUUUACUCUCUUUGCCUGUAUGGCUAUCACUGCUAUCAUUAGCUUGAUAUCUGUCCGAGAAUAUUCUGAAGGAAUCCAACAUGUAAUUGGAGGGAAUGAAGCCAUAAAAUUUGCUGCCUUGAUUGUAUUUGCUCUGCUUGGCUUUCCUCUUGCUAUUACAUCUAGUGUUCCUUAUUCUAUCAUAGCAGAGUUGACUGCCAAUUCAGGUGGCGGACAAGGGUUGGCAAUAGGAAUUUUAAAUAUUUCAAUUGUCAUUCCACAGAUGAUUAUAUCCCUUGGUGCGGGUCCGUGGGAUGCCUUAUUUGGUGGAGAAAAUAUACCUGCUUUUAUUUUAGCUGCUUUUUGUGCAUUAGCAGCAGGCAUUAUUGCUACUCUAAAGCUUCCAGAUCUUUCUAGCAGUUCCUUCAAGUCAUCCCGACAUUCCACCUGGCCUGGUGGAGGCAUUGGGGCUUUGUGUCUUCCUGAUAUAUUACAAGGUGCAUGGCUUCACUUGUUCUUUGCCAUCUGAUAAUAGGUCUUGAGUUGGUUGUUAUUUAGUAAACGUUUCUUUUUUCA